AUCAAAAAGAAGAUACAGAUGCACCAAAGAAAUUCUCUGAUAACAAUGUGCCAGCGGUACAUGACAAUGAAUCAAACAAUGUACAAUCUAGUGAACCUGAUAUAUCAAAAGAUAAUUCUGGAAGUAGCACAGAGAAUGCUGCCAUAGAAAAGGCUGGCAUAGAGAAUGCUGCCAUAGAAAAGGCUGGCAUAGAGAAUGCUGCCAUAGAAAAGGCUGGCACAGAGAAUUCUGCCACAGAAUCAGCUAGUGCCUCAAAUACUGAUGAAGGGACACCAAGUAGACCAUCAAGAAAAAGAACUAGGUCCUCUUUGAAUGUAUCUGAUGGCAUCAAAAGUCCCAAUCUCAUGGAAAAGUCAGAGUUUGAUAAUGAUCCUUCUUUACAAGGGUAUCGCCCAAUCCAGCUGGUAUCACGGCCUUGGAUUAAACCAGAAGGAACACUAAACAAACCAACAUUCAAGAUAAUGAUAGAGGCAGUUCUACUGUUCAUUAUGACAUCUCCAGGCUGCACAAGUGAUGCCAUUAACGCUAGGUUCAACCCUAGUCUGCAACCUAUUGCAAUUACAGAACUCACUGAGAUACUAGAGGAGAUUGGUUGUAUCAAGAGAAUCCCUAUCAGCAAGCCACUUAAACCUUCAUUAUUCUCCAAGCCUGGUGCAGGACCUGUUAAUAGAUGGCAGAAAACAAUAUUGCAUAUGGCUAGUAUUGAUUGCAUAGGAAGACUGGGACAAUUUGAUCGACAUAUAGACACUUUGGCAUGGAACCAGUCCAAGUUUCUUGACCAGUUAUGAUGUCUCCCAUCUCAUAUGUAUAAAUGAUGCUUGAACACUUGUUUUCCACCUUCACAUUGACAGUGUCUGAGUCAUCUGAAAAUAUGACAUGCAAAUAGGAUUUUCACAAAACAAACAUGGUUGGAUUAGUUGCAGUAUUGUAUGAGCGUCUUGAUAUUUGAAGCCUUUCCAAUGUAAUUAUAAUACACAGACAAUGUUUGUAUUUAAUUUAAAUCUUGUUAUUAUGAUGCCCAUUGCACCUAAUGUCUUCCUCAAUGUAAGGUUAAUUUCUAAUAAAGGCCUCAACCUCAACAAUGUCGCAAAAUUCAAUAUGUUUGAACCUUCUUUGUAUCUGUAUAAACUAUCAUG